GAGGGAGGAGUGGCAGAAACACGGUGCGUGUGCAGCCUGUGUGGAAGGAAUGAACUCUCCGCUGAGAUACUUCCAGAUCUCCCUGAAACUGAGAGGACAGUUCGAUUUACACAAGUUGCUGGAGGACGCUGGAAUCACUCCGUCCUGUGACCGACCCUACAAGGUCGAGGAGGUUCAUCAGGUCCUGGAUCCACAUCUGGGAGACAAACCUGAGAUCCAGUGUGUUACAGACGACAAGGGCAGAGAGGUCUGGUUCCAGGUGAAGAUCCCUCUGUCUCGCAACCUAACUGUUGGCUGUCAUCACCACGGCGACGCUGACGGGACCCCGGCGUCCUGGUCUGGAUGGAGCUCCUCCCACGGGCAUGCCUGCCCUCCUCAGGUCCCUUUCUACUACUUCCCCAUAGACCACCAGCAGCCCCAGCGGCCCUGCGGCUGACAGGAGCCCCACAGCGACGCCUUACCGGGCUAGAGGAAGUCUACCUCUGAUCUCUCGAAGGUGGAGCAGUCCAACUAAUUAUAUUAAUACUUUAAAGUUCAGUGUUUGUUUCAUUUUCUGUCUCUGAACCCAUCGAUUAAAGACAUUUUACACUUCC